AUGAAGAAAUUCUAUCCUGACUGUGACACCGAGUGGGCGAAUCGAGCCAUCGACGCGGUGAGAUCAAAGGAAAACGAUGCGAAUCGAUUGCAGCACAUUAAUGCGAUUUUGCAAUCAUGCAACAAAGCUCAACUCCAGAAAAUGGCCGAAGUCUCAGUGUUCCUUUUCGAAAAAGGCACCUAUCCAAAUCCACAAGUGAUGCAGGAGUUAAGCCGACUUUCUGAGAAUGAAAGGGACGAGAAAUUGAAUCGAAUGCUCCGGAUGAGAGCCUAUUUACCCGAGCAUUUACACCAAAGCCUUGGGCAAUUGGCGACAAUUCACGCGAACGGAUCGCUAAGCGGAAACGAGAAAGCGAUCGUGAUGGCGAGAAUCCUGCAACACUUGGAUGACGAUGAUCGGACGCAAGUUGAACAAGCGUUGGCCUCGACUCGAGCGGGGAAUCUACAAGUCUUGAGCCCGAAAACGAAUGUCGAGUACGGGCCAAGUCCGAUCAUUUCAAAGAAUCACGCAAUUCUCCGACCAGCUGACAAUAAAUUGCAUCAACUCGUCGAUUCACUCAAGCAAUUUGGCGGCUUAUUGGAUGGUGAUGAGGAAAAUGAAGCCAAAGCUGUACCGGAGAAGAGUUUCACGUCAAAUGGGAACAAUUUACCCGAUCCAAGCGAAACACUCCUUUCAUCAUUUGGCGGAAUGCCUCACUUCGUUGCCCCGAAAAUCCCCACUCCGCCAAUCAUUCGCCCAUCACCGUCAUCAUUCUCAAAAGCUUACGAAGAGUCACAAGAAAAUCGAGAAAAAUUGUUUAGCAUUGAAAAAAAAAACUCGCUAUUCAACGGUGGAAAUAAACGAAUUUUUAAAGAGGAAGAGGAAAACACGAGUGGCAAGGGAAAUCAAGAGGAGAGGUUUUUUGGAGAUGAUGACGAUGAUGGAAUGGAGAAAGCGCUGUUUCUCUCGGGUCGACCACAUUCUGUUGGAGGGGUUUCGAAAGAGAAGGAUUUAUUGCCGAUAGUGCCCGUGAACCCUUCACCGACUCUUCCUCCAAACGUUCCCGAUCCGGAUCUGAUGACCUCCAGACCCUCUGUCUGGGGAGAUGCGGCGAAAUUGCUGCAAGAGUCGACGAAUAUCCCGAAUCGAAUUGGAAAAUUCAUCAACGAGGCGGUGAAAAACCCUGAGAAAUUGGCACAGAAACUCGGCGAGACACUUCAGAAAAAGAAUGUCGAAAUCGAUGAUCACCGAGCCUGGCUACCUUCUCGUCGAUCCGAUCAACCGCCAAUCGUGCCUAUCAACCAGGCAACGCCCAAUCAGCCGACAAUGUUUGGAUUGGAUCGUUUCGAAACAAAUGUUGACAGAUUCUCUUCAAACGGCCCACCGAACCGCUUCGUCCUUGGCGCACUGCCGAAUUUCGGCGCCAGUGCGGCGAAUUUUGAAGCUGCUCUACCUGGGCAAAAUCUACCCGCACCCAACCUCCAACAAUCGCAAUUCCCCCUCGCCAGUCUCGCGCAACAACAAUCCAGCUCCUCACAAUGGCUGGUCGGACAAAUGGCAAACGCUGGACUCCCGAAUAGCUUCGGCAUGCCGAAUUCGGCCCUCUUAGCACAACAAGGCGUUCUUCCCCCGCAAUUCGGCGGUCUUCCACAAAAUCCCGGGCUAACCGAGGCGCAGCUAAUCUCAUCGGGACUUCUCGGUACAAACCCCACCCAGAAUUCAAUGAUCCCCGGCCUCCUCGCGCAACAAUCCCAAUCACCCGUUUCCACCGCUCAAAUGAUCAACAACGCCUACACAUUUCCUGUGAGCGGGAUUCAGAGAGGACAAAAGUACCUCCAGAAUUUGCCUAAUUGGACACCGAUACCGCUCGGCACAGAGCAACAACAAUUCCCUGGGCAACAGCCGUUUGUAAAGAUGAGCGGCGCUCGCACAUUCACUACAUAUCCCGAUCAUCGCCAGGGACUUUUCCCCGAGCUCGUCCCACAGUCUCUGCAGCCACGAGCCGGCUAUGGCGGGGCUACGGACCCGCCAGCCUACAAAAAUGGACAAGUCUCGAAGGAGAUCAAUCAACGAAUUGAUUACAGUUCACAAGGUAUUCCGGAAAAUUUAAAAAAGUACACACGACCGGGUGAGGUGACAUUUUUGGAGACGUAUCCAGAGAGGAAAGAUUUCCGGCUACCCCGGCCACAAACGAUUGGCGAUGAUCUGUCGGAGAGUGAUCCAAAGGGCUCCAUACCGAUGGGUCGUUAUGGGAAAGAAGGCUGGGAACCGAUGACAAUUCGACCACCAAUCGAAUACCAAACAACCACCGUGAUUUCAGUUCCCCGCGAGAGAUGGUUUCCCGCCGAGGGUUCUCAACUUGUCGAUUUGCCCAAGAAAAACCCCGUUACAAACCCACCAAUCAGACGCUACGAGGGAGGCCCCGAAGAGAUCACGGGCAGCCAUCUUCGGAGUGAUGUCUACAAUAUUCGACAAUUCGGUCAGGAGCGUUACGUCAAGAUCGACAUCAAUCCCACCGAGUCAGUUGUGGGA